UCAAAAGAUGGACGGUCAUGAAACAACAAUUUACGAGCGCGUACCGUGUGAUGCACCGCGCGGCCUUACGUGAUGGCCGUCCAUCUCCCGGGAUGCACAGCGCUCCGGGUGCGCGGGCUUUUUGGACUCGCAACCUGCCAACUUCUUCGGAGAAUGGAGAUGGAGUCCAGGCUCUUCGUUUCUCCGUUACAGACGCCGGGAGGGCCGGUGGAGGACGGCAAGGCGUUGGCGCUGGCGGCCGCGGCCUUCUCGUCCUCCUCCUCCUCCUCCUCCUUGUCCGUGUCGGUGGCGGAGGACGCGAAUGUCGAGCGGCCGCUCAUCCGCCGGGUGCCUUCCGCCGCUAGCAGCAGCGGGAGCAGGAGGCGGAGAGCCUCAAUUGAUCUCUCCAGCGCCUCGCGCCGCCCCUCCUUCCGCCAGGAGGUCGAACGUGCCGCCGCCGAGACCUACCUCGUCACCCGCCUCGCCUUCACCCUACUCCGAUACCUAGGGGUAGGCUACCGAUGGAUCACCAAGUUUAUUGCCCUUGGUUGUUACGCAUUACUGCUUAUGCCAGGUUUUCUCCAGGUUGGGUAUUAUUAUUUCUUCUCAAGUCAGGUUCGCAGAAGUGUAGUUUAUGGAGAACAGCCAAGAAACAGGCUGGAUCUGUAUUUACCUGUAAAUACCGAUGGUCUGAAACCAGCUGUAGCAUUUGUAACCGGUGGAGCUUGGAUCAUUGGUUAUAAAGCAUGGGGUGCUCUUUUGGGGCGGCGAUUGGCAGAAAGGGGUGUCAUAGUGGCAUGCAUAGAUUACAGAAAUUUUCCUCAAGGGACCAUCGGUGAUAUGGUAAAAGAUGCUUCUCAAGGAAUUUCAUUUGUGUGCAACAAUAUUGCGAGUUAUGGAGGUGACCCCAACCGGAGUUUACUCUUUAGAUAUUUCCUGUCUUUUCAUUCUGUUUUGUAUAGGAUCUACCUAAUUGGACAAUCAGCGGGUGCACAUAUUGCUGCGUGUGCCCUCUUGGAUCAGGCAAUAGGAGAAUCUGGAGAAGGAGAGAGCAUUUCAUGGAGCGUCUCUCAAAUAAAAGCAUACUUUGGCAUAUCUGGCGGGUACAAUAUGCUUAACUUGGUUGAUCACUUCCACAGACGUGGGCUCUACCGCUCCAUUUUCCUCAGCAUAAUGGAGGGAGAGCAAUCAUUGCAACGUUUUUCUCCUGAAGCUAUGGUGCAGGGCUCAAGGGUUAGGCAUGCAGUUUCUUUACUGCCUCGAGUUAUUCUUUUCCAUGGAACAAGUGAUUAUUCAAUACCAUCAGAUGCCAGUAAAACUUUCGCCGAUGCCCUCCAGAAUGCUGGUGCUCAAGCUGAGUUAGUCUUGUAUGAAGGGAAAACUCAUACAGAUUUAUUUCUUCAGGAUCCUUUUAGAGGUGGUAAAGAUGAACUUCUUGAAGAUAUAAUUGCAGUUGUCCAUGCUGAUGAUGCAGCUGCACUUGCCAAUGAUGGUGCAGCACCUGCAGCACGACGCCUUGUUCCCGAGUGCAUGUUACAGUUGGCUAGUAAAAUAAGUCCCUUCUGAACACUUUAGCACCAUUCUCAAGCUUUUCAAAGGCACGAAAAGAAGGUUGUUGUCAUGAUAAAAUUGAGACAGUGCAAGAGCCCAAUCACAAAAAUGAAUCAACGUUCAACAUUAUACUUAACACUUUGAUUUAUAAUGAGAAGUGGUGCAUGAACUCGUAGGUAAGAGAUUGACCGCAUUUUGGAGAGUCAGGUGUCUCAACUUACAUAUAGGUAAUAAGGUUACAAUUCUUUGCUUACCAUUCUGUGCCAGCAUCAAUGGAAACUUAGUAUGUCAAAUCUAGCCACUGCAGGUCAGUGUGAAAUACCUUGUGUAGAUAACUUUGUUAUGGCAUCUGAGUUGGUUAGGUAAAUUUCUAUCUAAUUCAUAGGUGCCAUUUUAGUGCUUGUAAUCCUUUUUUUGCUCAAAUCUGCCUCUUUAGCUUGAAUUAAAGCAUCUAAGAUUUGACUUAUGUCAUCAUUUAUGUGUAUGUAUCUAGUAGUGUGACAAACCUUUGUUGGCCAUUCGAAGAGUUAAACCACUUCUAGCUUAUAAAUACAGUUGUAGUGUUCCUGGUGAAGCAAUGAAAGGAUUGCUUCAUAGAUGUAUGUUUUCUUGUGAUCUGUACAGUGGGACUUGGGAUGCUUUAGAAUUUCUCUAUUGGAUUCUGAAAAUGAUCCAUUUUUAUGAUGAUGUGCAAUGUAUGACGUAUAGGCCAUGGCCAAAAACACAUUUAGUCAUGUUACACUCUCCAGCUGUCCACUUUCAAAAAUAAUAAUUAUUAUUAUUAUCAUUAUAUAUAUAAAAAAGAAACUCUCUACUUGUCUUUUUUUUAGUGACUUGGUGAUCUAAUGGCAUGUUUGUUGUUUUUAAAAGAGGGGGGAAAAAUAAACUCAAACACUCCAUCCAUCUGGACCCCUUCUGGUCCAGCCCUUUGGUUGGAUGGCAAGGAGGGAAGAACUAUCAUCGAGAUAUACUAGAUGGGUUUUCUUUUGCCAUACGCUGGUGCGAGUUCAUCGUUAUUACAAUCAUAGUGCAGCUUAAUUUCAAAAGGACCAGUCUAACAUCCACCAUGCACCAAACCCGUAUUAUAAACUUUAGGAUACAAACUGGAUAUUGAUAUAUUUAUUUGAGAAAAAGAAAAGAUACUGAUCUUGACAUAAUUUGAUGCUAGAUGCUCUGCUGCUUUUCAUUGUCCACACUAACCUUCUGCUGGGUUGUGUCAUCUUCAGCCUAUUUGGAAGCAUAUUGACAGAGUUUAUAAAUAAAUAAAUUAUUUUAAUUUGUUAGUUUUUUGCAUGAAUACCUGAUGCUUAGAAAUGUAUAAAAUUAAUGAGAGGUAUUCAAGCAAAAGUGCUUACAUGUAUUAAAACUGUCAUGAUAUUAUGCAAUCUCUUUUUUUCCCAGAAUUAUAUGGUACAGUUUUAGCGAUGAUAGAUACUCUUAUCAUUUUCAUGAUUUAAGUAGUCCUAUUAUUAGUCAUGUGUAUUUUAAAGAUGAUGUUGAUACUUUGUUUUAUAUUUUUUGCACUCUCUCAUAGUUAUAUAAUAUGUAGAUCAUCUUUUUAAAUCUUUAUCUGUUUUAUAGAAAUCCUACACCACUGCUUAUUAUGGUUUUGAAACAUUAGGUAGUAACAGGACAGACAAAAAUAUGUAAGGUUGUGAAAUGGCCAUUGGACACUUUGUACCCCUAGGCAGGUCUUGCAAGGGAAAUAUUUCUUGGUUGAUUUUGGAAGGCUACUAUAUUUAUCCUAGGAUUCCUAAUGAGUAACUAGCUGUCAGGCUUCUGCCAUGGCCCAUUCAAGAGCACAAAGAGGAUAUGUGCUCUCUCCUUAGGUUCCCAGAGGUUUCAGCUCAGCCUUUUCAAUGGCCGACCUCAGGGCCUGAGAAUUGCUGAUGUCAUUGCUGGCUUUAGCAGGCUUUUUCUUGGCUUGCCCUUCUGGCAUCUGAGAGUCAACUGACCUCUCAGCCUACAUGACAAAAGAUCUCCUCAUCACUCCUGUCUCCCAACUCAAGCAUCAUACGGAGUCUGAAAUAAAGAGUAGUAGUGUUUGCUUAGUAGCAGGGAUUGCCCGAGUUAUGGUACUUGUACCAAAGUCACGUGCUGCAUGGAAUCAGAUCAAAAGAGUAAAAAUUAUUUGUUUUUGUUACUGUAUCAUGUGGGAAUGGAAUGUGACAUGUAUUAGUGGGAACUUUAAGAUGGAAUGACAUACAAGACUUGAUAUAUGUAACUGGAGUACUGCAAACAACUCCUGAUUUAGUUUGGGAAGGCACCAGCCUCCCAAGUUGAUGGCCAUGUUUGAUUGUCCUUCAAGGUUCCAUGAAGUUUUUGAAUAUCUUAUUGAUUUU